AUGUGUGGUUCUCAAAGAAACGACAGCAGCUUAACCUCCUACGACCUGGCGUCCACAUACGUGGACAUCACAUUUUUAGUUGUAAGAGAAAAAACACUUUACACAGAAAUUCCAAGAUGGCGGCGAACACAUCCGAAAAGUCAGGCAGCCGCACCAGACCAAAACGUCCACAAGGGCAUAUUCCUUUCAAAGGCACUGGAAAUAGUAUUGGAGUCAAUUGCUGGGGACAACUCAGAGGUAGAGGACUUGUCUGACAUUGACAACCCUGUAGAGGAUGUUGAUUACCAUCCUCCACAACAGGAGCCAAGCAGCAGUGAGGAGGAGAGUAGUGGGGAUGAAGAUCCCACUCCACAGUCCACUAAGGCCAGCCGGGGACGUAAACGUCUCCGUGGUGUAACUUAUGCUUAUCGUUCAGACCUUAGCAUUGCCAAAAAGUGGACGCUUCGGAUGCUCAUGCACUUCACAAAUGUUGCUUUAGCCAACAGCUGGCUACUGUACCGCCAAGAUCACACAGUACGUGGCACACCAAGAAAGGGCAUCAUGCAAUUUCUUGAAUUCCGAAUGGAAGUGGCUAAGACAUACCUGGCCCAGCAUAACAAUGAACAGGAAGACAGUACAGACCUCUCAGAACAGGAAAAACAACACAGACCAUUCAGAGCCAGAGAAAAAAGCGCACUGUGAAGGAAGUGCCCCACAUCUCAGUCCGCAGAAGGGCUAAUGCACAUCUUCCAUAGGUGGUCUAUCUGAAGAAUGCAGCACUUGAGUCCAAUUUGUAACAUGCAAGGUGUUCUUGUGCUUGCAAGCUGCAGGCAACUGUUACACAGUUUUUCACAGUGGUUAAGUGUGAUCAACUGUUCCCACAGAUAAAAAGGACAUUCCUAGUUUGGAGUAGUUAAAGUUUUGGGCUGUUGUGUGAUAUGACCGCUUGUUUCUUAUAAAUGGUGUUUUUCUAUAUCCAUGUUUAGAAGUUGAAACGUAUAUAUGCAACAGUAACAAUAAAAACUGUUCAGGCACAGUACUCAGGCUUUAAAUAAAAGAGAUUUGCACUUUGUUACACAAUGGUGUAUUGAUUUUUUUUUAUGGAUACAGACCAAGUGUCCACAUAUGUGGACAUCAUUUUUUUCAAAAAGUGCUUCAUGUUCAAAGAUAAUAUCUGGUUAUUAUAUUUAUUGGUUCCUCCUAACCCCAAAUAGCUAGAAGAAAUCUAAAAUGCAAGUCAAACCAAUGUUCGGGUCUU